AUGAUGUCAAGUUAUAAAUUGUGGAAUAAGCUUGACUACUGUGCCAGCUUGAAGAAUCUCGACCACCUUAAAGGCAAGACAAACUACAAGUUUAUCCAGGCAGACAUCUGCGAGUCUGAUUUCAUGCGCUACAUCUUCCAGUCUGAAAAGAUUGACACCGUUCUUCACUUUGCAGCUCAAUCUCAUGUCGACAACUCAUUUUGGAGUUCCCUGGACUUUACCAGAACUAAUGUAUAUGGCACACACGUCCUUGUCAAUGCUGCUUAUGAGAAUAAGGUCAAGAAAUUCAUUCAUGUCAGCACGGAUGAGGUGUAUGGAGGAAACAGUACAGUUGCUCUUGAUGAGGAAGCUAAAAUGAACCCAACAAAUCCGUAUGCAGCAAGCAAAGCCGCAGCUGAGUGUAUUGUCUCGUCAUAUUGGGAGUCAUUUAAGUUUCCUGUAGUCAUCACUAGGGGCAACAAUGUUUAUGGACCGCAUCAGUAUCCAGAAAAGGUCAUUCCCAAAUUUAUUUCCUUAUUGGAGAGAGACCGAACAUUGUUCAUCCAAGGUUCAGGAAAUGCUAUCCGUAACUUCAUCCAUGCGACUGACGUUGCCGCAGCAUUUGAUACCAUUCUUCACAAAGGAGAGUCUGGGCAGGUCUACAACAUUGGAACUGAUUUUGAAAUGAGCGUCUUAGAAUUAGCCAAAUUUCUCAUUAAAAAGAUGAAGGGAAUUACUGGAGAAGAUGAGAUUGCCAAGUUUCUGGAAUAUGUUGAAGACCGUCCCUUCAAUGAUUACCGCUACCCAAUGGAUUGUGGAAAAUUACAAAGUCUCGGUUGGGAACCAAAGAUAAAAUUCUCAGACGGGAUCCAGAGCACAAUUGAUUGGUACAAAUUGAACUUUGGAAAUUGGGGAAAUGCAGAAGAUGCUCUCCGUCCCUAUCCCAGUGGCUCCAACACAAUGCGUCUCGCCCAGAAAGAUGCAGAUUCCGCUCCAGGAUCUCCAAAGAAAGUGGCCAGUGGCAGGAUCACAAAUAGUGUCUAAAGUAGAAUGAGGAAAUGAAUGAAAACAAUGCAAGCAAAUGUAUUGGAAAUUGUAAUUUCCGAAAUUCUAAAAUCAACAGGCACAAGUAUUAGAAAUUGUAUGAUGGAAAACUUGUAAAAUUAAGAGAAAACUACCAAGAAAGUGGCCUGUUGCCCACUGCAGAAUUCCUCAAAAAACAGGUGAUUUUGGCAAAUUCAGCUCAUAAUCCAUCAGAUGAUUAUCGAUGCAAAACGCUUGAGUAGGAGUAGAUUUGGGGGAAGGAUGUGUCCAGAGAAAAAGCAUAAUAUAGGGAUGAUCUAAAAUGAUAUUCAUAAGACUUUACUAUAGAUGGCAACUAGUGAGAUACUUAAAAAUAUUUGCAUUAUAUUAUGAGGGAAAAUAAGUUUAAAUGUACCUUAAAUAUCAAGUAAAUACUUGAUGGUAAUGUCACAGUUACAGAGUUUGUCACAUUCCAAAC